AACUAACUGAACAUAAACUAAGCGGCGAUGUGUCGCUACAGUACUUCACAAUAUCAUAUAACGUGAACGGGUAUUCUCCUAUAGCGGACAUGCGUAGACAUAUUUUAGUGCGGAAAUAUUUUCAUAUAUAGAGUAUAUUAUCUGUAAAUUAUCUCGUCUGAAACGAGUUCAAAAUUAUGUAAAAGGCGGUCCCGAAAUAUGGAAAGAAGAUGCAAAGGAAUUUUGCGCAAAAACACGAUUAAAAGAAAUGUUUCUGGAAGAGAGAUAUUUCGAUAAAAUUAGUCCGUUUUUUUAAGUCCGCUAUCUUUUAAAUUAUUCAAUUUCCCAGGUAACGGCAGGUGGUCGGUUCCUUUCAUAACAAUCCUUAUCAAUGCGAAUAAUUUCUUGCAUGUAAACUUAAAUUCCCUCCUUGUAUCUCGUGGUUUCCCUUGGUUUCUCAAAUAACGUGAAGUUUUGGACGAUUAUCUUUUGUUUUGAAAUUACUGGAGGCUGUUUUGUGUCCAAUUUAAGGUAAGUUUCGCAUCAUGUUGAAACGCCAGACAAUUAACUUGAGUAAAAUGGUUUGUGUGCAUAGCGUAAUUUUCAGUUUCCCAUUUUAUUGACUGCAAUUGACGAACUAUAUUAUAAUACAUAUACGGCUCUUACAUUACUCUACUCAAUCAUUUUUUCUAUUCUUUUAUCUGUAGUUGUUAUAAUAUCCAGUGAUAAAGCGGCCAAGUCAUAUUAAACGCAUUUCUACUGAAUUAAUUAGGUUUUGACGCAUGACGGAGCUUCACGAAGCUGCAGCGAACAAUGACAUGAAGACACUCCAGUGUGUCUUAGUGGGAUCAGACAUUGAUAUCGACGCUGAGGAUUGGGACUGGGGCAAGCGUACAGCUUUGCAUAUUGCUGCCUCCAACGGCUUUGCAACGGUUACGAAACUUCUGCUGGAUUCUGGGGCAGAUCCCAGGAUGCGUAUGACUGGAGGUUGGACCCCAGCACAUUGUGCAGCCGAAGGCGGACAUCUUGAAGUACUGAGGAUAUUGAUCGAGCACAAAUGCCCUAUGCAUUUAACUGAUGAUUCAGGGGACACUCCAGCUGAUGUUGCUGCUGUCUAUGGUCACAAGAUGGCGACAGCCUUAUUAAAGGCGGCGGUAGCAGUUAUGGCUUGAAGCACGGCUCAUAAUAUCACAUUGAACUGUAUUCAAAUACCGCGGUUAUGGCGCAAAUUACAAUCAAUCAACCCACAAUCUUCUGCAGGCCAGUCACAAGAAGCUGAAUAGACGACCAUCUGCCGUUUUAACGACCCAGCAAUGAUUGUCAUAUAAUUGACUUUGCUAUAAUAUUGUUUAGUAAACAUGAUGUGACACUUAAAUACAGAGACGUUAUUAAAAUUUGUAAAAAAUUAUGA